CACAAAGACAAUCGAAUCGUGCCUAUAAAAAAUUGCGAUGCGAGUUUCCUAUGCUAACUGCAUCGCAAGCCAAAGAGAAAUCAAUUUGGGAAUUGACAACAUUGCCAACAAUUGGUUUCUCUGAUAUUGUGUUAGAAAUUCGCGCAAAUUCCGCGAAUAAUAAUAGAAAAAGAAAAUUAUCACCGUCCUCAUCCUUACCACCACCAACAAAAAGAAGAUCCUCAUCACCAUCACCAACAUCUUCUUUGUCGUCAUCAUCAUCAUCACCACCACCAUCAUCAUCGCCAUCAUCAUCAUCGCCACCAUCAUUACCUUCACAAUCAUCACCUUCAUCAUUUCCAUCAUCAUCAUCCUUAUCUCCACCAUUCCCACCUUCACCAUCCUUAUCUCCAUCAUCCUCAUCUCCGUCAUCCUCAUCUCCGUCAUCUUCAUCUCCGCCGUCCCUAUCUCCACCAUCACCAUCUUUUUUUCCUUCUUUUUCCACUAUUACCUCUAUUAUUACCUAUAUUACUACAAGCUUAUGUAACGGAUAUCAUAGAUUUCGUUACAUAAUUCACACUCUUUUCAAUUAA